CGACACGCGAGAUUGUCAUGCAAGAUCGCGCCCGUACACAAUUCAUGACGAUCGUGUGGAACUGUAAAGAAAAGCAGCAUUCCUUUCAAACCUCAUUCAGCUUUUCGAAAAAUUUACAUGGAAACGUGAAGUCUACUCCACAUUCUGACGGAAAAAUGAUUGGUCUGCGAAGGUGGGAAAUUAUCUUUGUAUCGGUCAGUAAAUGAAUAAGGAGAGUUGUUUAGAUUACAAGGAAAGCUUUUAACCUCGAAAGGAACUUACUCAUGUACACAAUAGGUCCAGAUUUUUCAUUCGAACCAUUUAGGCAUACUAGGGCCAGUAUUUCAUGAAACCAUUAACAGAUACGCGAUGGAAUGUGAGGCGAAGGGGAGUGAAUAAAUAAAUGAUGUUCUCCUGUUGUCAAUCGUUUCCGCAUCGAUGGUUCAGCGACUCGAUAAUGAUGUUAUCUGGAGGUUGCUUCGCCAUUUAAGUAUGUUCAAUAAAAUUGAACGUAAGGGACUUUCAUUUGUCGAAAGUAUUGCGUUUAUUGUAAUUUAUGUUAUCUUUCGCACUUUUUUUUCACACGUGCUCAGUAUCAACAAAGAUUUUAUUUUUAGAGCAAUGACUCGAGUACGACGCGAACUUGUUUAAAACAUGUAACACAAAGACUUCCAACAUACAUAAAUUAAAGUGCAUUCAUUUCCUUCAAAGACAGUUUUGGUUGGUUUUCUUUCGUCAUUAAUCAGGUAUUUUCACAUACCAGCCAUUUUGAUCGAUGUAAGUACCUUUUUCCGGUUUUAUCGCUUUUCUUAACAAGCUUUGAGAAUGAAAUCUGGAGCAGUCGAUGACGUUUUGUCAAAAAUUUGCAUCUUCAUUUUCAGGGAAGAGUUAAACGACUCUGACUACAAAUUUUAUUUUAAUUUACCCAAGACGGCUAGGGGAAAAUAUUUUUUCCAGUUUUAGUUUCAUGCCGUUGUGUUCCUCGUUUUCAUAUAUCGAUCCUUCUCGAAAACUUAGCGACACAGUUUUAUUGGUUCUCUGAAAACAUUCCUACCGGAGUUGGCAUGAUAUCACUAAAGCGCUCAGAAAACGGGGCUGAAAAAUUGAAAGUUUACACUUAGAGACUGUUAUCUAAAUCUCUCCGUUUGUAAUAAUGAACAAUUUUAUUUCCCACCCAAAUGAGGAGAAAAACGCCAACAUCAUCGACGAUAAAAAAGAAUUAUUUUCGUGUAAAACAUAUUUACCGCUGACCAUAUCAACAAAUUGCCUGACUUAUCGACUAAAGCUAAGUGGUGCCCUCAAUAGUAAUAUUUAUUUACUCGCCUCCCGCAUAAGUUCCAAAUCAAUAAUAAUUAUGAUAAUGAUGAUGAUUAUUAUUAUUACAACACGAAGAGUAUCAAAAGAGCAAAGAAAUGUAUUUUGUUGCAUUUUGUUUUGAACUCAUUUAAAUGAAACAACACAACAAGAACAACCACCAUUAAGUCGUUCACAUCCUACUAAUAUCAAGUACUCAAUCUCAACAUGAAAUGUCUAAUUCAAAACUUCACAGGUGUUUUUUUUUUUCAAUUUAGAUGGGUUCAAAGCCUUGUUAAACGUUUUUGUAUUUCCUUUAUUAGAUCAUCAUGGCAAGAAAGACCACUGCUAAACUACUAUUAUUGUUGAUGACCACUGAUGUACUUCUUAUUUCCUUCACUCAGUCUACUCCGUGGUGGUCGAGAAGACGCCGAUGUAAAUCGUCCAAACCAUCGAUACGUGGUGUCAUAUGGGUAAAUUCUUGGCAGCACGACUUCUCCACAGUUCACUGCAAAAAAAGUAAGUCUCUGUGAUAAUUACAUGCGAUUUUGCAAAAAAAGUAAAAACAACUACAGAAAAUACCUAUUCUCAUGGCCGGUAAACCAUCGAUCCAAUAAACACUUCCGCUAGUGCGACCUUACGGUGAGACGCUUCUAAGUUUUCACUGGAAGUUAUUCCCACGUUAUACAGCGAAAAAUUACCAGAGAAAUAUAAAAUAAAGCUAAAGGGAAAACAAGGGGAGAUAAGGCGCAGGAAACCGGUCAGAUUGCGUUCUUCAGCACAUUUCUAAAAAUGCUAGACACAUUUAACACGCCGGUAAGGGGAAUACCUAAAAACUCAGAACUCGUAGUAGAUUUUGGCCUGUGAAAGCCGGCAUCAGUCUCAAAUUAAUAAAAAUGCGUGGAAGCGAAAAUGGUAGAUGAAGAAAGAAAACAUUCACUUUUUCCUCAAUUCUACCUUUAACUGAAAAUUAGCAUACGAAAAUAAAAUUGCUUCUUUUCAGGUUUCUCUCUGAGAAAAUGGCACAGUCGGCACCGAACUUGCAAGAAAGAUCGCAUCUUUUCGUUUGCAUGUGGAUACGGUCCAGUCACCUACAACAGAAAAGAUUGUGUAGGGAAAAACCAUCUUGUCAACAACUAUGACAAACCAGUGGACUUUGAGUGCAAACGGAACAGCUUUAUCACCGGAGUCGGAAGUGAAUACAGUCAUCGGCACGCAGAUCGCAGGUGCUUUUAUUGCUUACUAGGAUACUUCAUAGCAACUUGUUCUAAAAGUAAUUUUCACUUGCUUGCUGAAUUGCAGAAAAGAAGCCUGAAAAAAUAUUCAGGUUUCGACGGGAUUCGAACCCAGUCCUCCUAGAUACUAGCUGGGCGCUAUUAUCAACUGAGCUAUGAAAUCACACAUUGAGAAAGACGUCAGACUUAAACGGUUAUAUUUGUACCUUCUUUUAAAAGUUUUAUGCAUCAAUACGAACCCUAUUUUAUUAUAAAUUCAUGAUAAAAAUGGCGUCUUAUGAAUCCCAAUCUCAACUUAGUAUUUUAAGGUCCGAAUAAAUUAAUAAUUUCAUAGCAACCCCAAUUCCUUGAAAUCACCUGUAAUCUUAAUUUUAUGGCCUUACAGCUCAAAAGCGAUUUCGGUGACAGCCAUCGUUAUCAUUAAAUGAAAUCAGCACAUUAUUUUUAUUUCAGCAGAGUUCCUUUUCCAACUGCUAACGUUAGAUUACAACCACUUUAAUUUUUUGAUGAUUGAACCAGACCACUGACUCCAACAAAAACUCAAAAAUAGUGAUUCAUUGCUGCGCCUGUGUAAUGUCAUUUCUACCUGUUAUUGGCUCAACAAUUACCCAUGAGCGCGCGUUGGGUAUGAGAUGAUAAAUGGCCAACGAGGUGCGUGGCACCGAGUUGGCUUCUCGUAUCCAACAAGUGCUAAUGGAAUAAUUGUUUUAUUAAUUUUAUUAAACCCUGAACGUUUGAAUAUUUUCAGCAAAAAUUAUCGGCUUUCUACACGUCGCAAUGCAUUUUUGUACGAGGUGACUCCGAAUAUUAGCCGUUAACCGAAUUUAGUGAACCAAUCAGAACACUAGGAAUCUUAUAUCCGGAGUUGAAAAUUUAAUGAUGAUAAGUAAACAACAUAGUGAUUAUGACCUUGUCUUCCCGUGCUUUUAGGUUAAGUCGAGAUCUCAGUGUCUUCUGUUGUGAUUUAUCGUUUUAUCACCUUUAGUUCUUUUGAACAGUUUAAGGGCUUUUAAGAUUACAUACUGAUAGUUGGUUAACAGAAGAGCGUUCAGAUCAAGAAUAAACUUUCAAGAGUCUCGUCCAGCUUCCUCAAGACUGAAAAACAAAGUAAUCUCAUAUUUUUUUAAGAAGAGUGCUACUUUUCUCCCCCUCCAACUUAAGUUGUUUUUUCCUUUCUUUUUUGUUCAGGUUUAAGUUUCUUUGUUGUCCCGCGAGAGGUUUCGUUGCUCAUUCAUGUAAGACAACAAAGUAUCAAAAUCAAUGGAAAGGGGAUUUGGACUACUUGGUCCCAUCUGGGUACUUUUUGGUCGGAGUUUACAGUGAACAUAACAACUCCCACGAGUAAGUAAUUGCUCUCGGUUGAUUCAGAUAUACUAAAUUCAUGUUUAAAGAUAAAAUCAGCGAUAAUUGGUAGCACUGAUUAUAAAGGAGUUCAUUAGCGGUUCAUCUAAACAGUGGUUUUUUCCAGCGUUGGGAAGAGCAAGUUAUCACAACUGAUUCAUCUCUGCUUUCCCUCAAUUUUUAAGGACUAAUGCACGCCUUAAAGACCGGACACAUAGGACGAGCCGCACUUGGAAAGUAGUGCUGAUACUAUGCAUAUGUCGAAUCCCGUUGACUAGUGUUCCGUUUUCACUCGACUUCUCUUUAAUUAAAUGUGAUCAAAAAUGUAUACUGUAUGAAAAGAAAAACGUUUUUCCAUUUACUUUCGGUCCUUUGUUUACAACUGCCGGAUAACUCGAACCUUUCUCAAUUUACCUUGAAGGUUCGAGUUAUCGGAAUUCGACUGUACAUGUUCUGCUUUCUAAUGGCCGACAAAAUUCACGGUUUAUGCGAAAUAAGAACCAUUGUGAGGAACUCUCGGUAAACUAUACCAAUACUAAAGAGUAAAUGUAACUAGGAAUAAAUGAAAAAUUCGAAUAACUGAAAGAGGAUGGAAGCUAGAGAAGUAACGGGGUAAAUAAACAAUUUUGGAUUCUUAGUGACUUUUGUGCAUACUGAAAUGUCUGUCAUCAGAAUUCUCUCUGCAAAAAUGAAUAAGACCGAAUUUUGCCCGGGAUUCUUAGGAGAGAAGCAAAGUGUGGAAUAGAACGAACAGAGGUCGAGGAAUUGAAUGAAAAAUACGGUUUUAUUUCGACAGACCUCUCACCUGUAUUGAACAUUCAGCAAAAGCUAAGCGGCUAAAAUCCUCCACCCUACAUAGUUUUACGAUGAGUUUUAAAACUUGUGACAUUAAUAUGUGGGGCAAUUCAGUAGGAGAGUGUUGAAGGUUUUUCGUAAUAGUAUUAUUUUUCGUUUUUAUUUCAGGGAUCGCCGCUGGAAAUUUGACAUUUGUAAAUUCAGCAAGAAAAGAGGAUAACUGAGAACAGAUGCAUGACAGUAAUUAACAUUAUCGUUCUUACAGAAACUACACAUAGAAUUAGGUAUCAGAAAAUAAGGGUAGAGAGGUGAAGAUUAUAAGUUGUUGUACCACGACGCGGAAGUAAACAUGUCGCCUUGAAUAAAAGGGGUAAGUUUCCAAAGAAAAUGUGGUGCUGCGUGCGUCUGUGGUAGAGUAUAGCAGGGGAAUUUGGUAUUAUCAACUGAGUUGAUUUGGUAAAUUGGCCGCCGUUAAGAGUUUAAAAGCUCACGUUUCGAGUGUUAGCCCUGC